CAACCAAAGCUUUCGUGUACGGGUGAUAAAUCGUAUCGGUCGUUUCGCUCGUCUGCCAGUAUACCUCUUGUCUACGUAGACAAAUUACCUAUAUUGGCAGUUAGGAAAGCUCCUGCUAAGUCAAAUUUUCACCUAUCUUGUGACAUUAGAAAUUAUUCUUAAAAAUCAUCAUGAGCAUGAGCUUCCAAAACAAAGUAGUCAUCGUAACCGGAGCCAGUUCCGGUAUAGGUCGAGCUACCGCUAUCCAGUUCGCCGAACAAGGAGCUAAACUAACCAUCACUGGACGUAAUGAAGAAGCUUUACAUCGAGUGGCCGAAGAAUGCGAAAGUAUGUCCGAGACGAAACCGUUGGUGGUUAUUGCCGAAAUGAAAGAAGAACAAGAUGUGAAGAAUAUCAUCGACUCGACCAUCCAAGAGUACGGAGCACUCCAUAUCUUGGUGAAUAAUGCAGCUACUCUGGAGUUGGGAGGUAUCGAGUAUACGUCUUUGCAACAAUACGACAAUGUUUUCAACGUAAACGUCCGAGCCAUCUAUCAACUUUGCAUGUUGGCUGUACCUCAUCUAGUCAAGACCAAAGGUAACAUUGUGAAUAUUUCCAGCAUAAACGCUAUGUGCGCGUAUCCGUUCUCGUUGGCUUACAAUAUGUCGAAAGCUGCGCUGGACCAGCUUACCAAAUGUAUGUCUAUCGAGCUGGGUUAUCGUAAUAUUCGAGUGAAUAGCGUUAAUCCAGGUAUCAUCAAGACUGAGUUCUUGAAGCGAGGGGGUAUUAAUAAUACCAUGUAUAAUAAAGUCAUGGAAUAUGGCAAGAAAACUCAUCCGUAUGCUCGUCUUGGAGAAGCUGACGAUGUGGCCAGAGUUGUUCUGUUUUUGGCCAGCGAGGAUUCUUUCUUCAUGAACGGAUGUCAGGUUCCGGUCGAUGGAGGAAGACAUUGCCUUAGCUUGUAAUCAGAUCUAUAUGUAUGGGUAUCUAUCUAUUAAUUUAAAUCUGUUUUCAAAAAAUAAAAUCGUUCGAAGGAGA